GCAGACGGUCAACCCUCAAUAAAAAUAACAUCAAAAAAAAAAAAAAGAUAAUGGAUUGUAGCAGUUAAGUAAAAAAAUUAAACUAAACAAUGACCGAAAGGUAUGUGGUAAUGGUGUAUAUAUAUAUUGACAGCAGCAAGAGGUCAGGCAGUCAAUUGUCCAGGGAACGUUUACGUAAAACUUACUAACAUUUUCCUCUAGUUCAGCUUAUUUACUCUAAAAUGACCAGGUACACCCUGUAUUAUUUCAAUGGGCGCGGCCGUGCUGAAGUUUGCCGUAUGCUGUUUGUUUUAGCCGAUGUUCAAUUUACUGAUGUUCGAGUUGAAUAUUCGGAAUGGAACCGAUUUAUGACCAAACUAUCAUCGCCAAUGUUGCCAGUAUUAGAGACUGACACUGGAUUAACAAUGCCUCAAAGUAUGGCCAUAGCACGGUUUUUAGCCCGUGAAUUCGGUCUUCAUGGUCGAAACGGCCAAGAAAUGUCCAGAGUGGAUUACAUAUGUCAGUGCUUUUACGAUAUUCUCGACUGCUACAUGAAAAUGUAUCAUGAAAAAGACAGACAACUUUAUAAUGAAACCAGUAGAAGAUCAAGCAACAAGGAAGAUAAACUGUCACAACUGCGUUCCAACUAUGAAACCACAUGUAACCGAAUUUUACCAUUCUUGGAGAAAACUCUGCAAGUCUACAACAAUGGAAAUCAAUAUUUCUUAGGGAAUCAGGUGUUGCUGUGUGACGUGAUGGCUUAUGCCACUUUGGAAAAUAUUGUUGAAGAUUCGCCAUCUCUACUGAACGGAUACCCAAAACUUCGAGCUCUCAUGAAUCGCAUUUCUGAUUACCCGAAAAUACAUUCCUACCUCAAAGAUCGCACACCCUCAGAGUUCUGAUGAGAGAUUUACUAAUUGGUUUGUUUGUACUUUUAUUACCAUCACUCUUUUAAAAUAAAAAUACAUUUUCUAAUUA